AUUAUAUAUUAUGGGUGCUGCACUUAGUUGUAUAGCGCUUCCAGCUCUUGGCUCUGUUGGAGGAUGGAUUGCCAGUUGUUUCUCAGCUGCUGCUUGUUCUCUUGCAUGUAAAAGUUGCAACUGUAACAAUUCUAUAGCUACAAGAGUGGGAUAUGCUAUUAUCUUUUUAUUCAACUCAAUAUUCGCUUGGCUUAUGUUGUCCAAUUGGGCAAUAAAACAAUUACAACACUUGACACUUGAUUAUUUAAAACUGGAAUGCUCAGAAGGAACUUGUUAUGGUAUCAUUGCUGUUCAUCGAGUAUGUUUUGCUUUGGUACUAUUCCACUCUAUAUUAGGAUUAUUAUUACUUGGUGUACAUGAUAGUAGACAAAAAAGAGCUGCUAUUCAGAACGGAUGGUGGGGACCAAAAGUAUUAUGUUGGUUUGCUUUGGUGGUAGUAUCCUUUUUUAUUCCCAAUGGAUUCUUCAUGGUAUGGGGAAACUAUUUUGCUUUAAUAGGUGCUGCUAUCUUUAUUCUCUUUGGUCUCGUUCUUUUGGUUGAUUUUGCACAUAGUUGGACAGAACGAUGUCUUGAAAAUUGGGAAACUCAAGAUUCUAACAAAUGGAAAUAUAUUUUGAUUGCUGGCACAGUAUUCAUGUUUUCUGGUGGAAUCACAUUAACUGGAAUUAUGUAUGCAUUUUUCGCUACUAAUGGGUGCUCUUUGAAUCAAUUCUUUAUAACAUUCAAUAUGAUUCUAUGUCUUUUGAUUACAUUUUUAUGUGUGACUCCAUCUGUACAAGAAGCCAAUCCUCGAUCUGGUCUCUCUCAAUCAUCUAUUGUUGUGAUUUAUUGUACUUACCUUGUCUUAUCAGCUGUGGCGAAUGAACCCAAUGAUAAACAAUGCAAUCCUCUACGUCGUUCUCAAGGUAGUCAAACAACUACAGUGGUUCUCGGUGCAAUCUUUACAUUCUUGGCAGUGGCAUAUUCAACAAGCCGGGCAGCAACACAAGGUGGGACAUUUGUUAAAUCAAAGAAUCAGUUGCGGGUUGAUGAUUUGGAUACAUCUAGUGCUGUUCCACUAAUGGCUAAUCAAGUUGAUGCAGGUGUCCAGCGAAUGAGCGUUCAAGGAUCUAGUAGGGAACAUUUGAUUGCUGCUGUGGAAAGCGGAGCAUUACCAAGAUCAGCGCUUUACGACGAUGAUGACGAUGACGAUAUGGAUGGUAUGGAUGAUAAAGAUGAUGAAAGAUAUGGUGCUGUGUAUAGCUACUCCUUUUUCCAUUUCAUCUUUGCUAUAGCUGCGAUGUAUGUUGCCAUGUUACUCACAAAUUGGAAUACUAUUACCAUGGAAGAAAUGUCUGCACCUGGUGAAGAUGGAGAUUUUGUACGUAUUGGUCAAAGUUAUACUGCUGUAUGGGUCAAAAUUGUAUCUGGUUGGCUUUGUUUACUCAUUUAUGGUUGGACUUUACUUGCUCCUGUAUUGAUGCCUGACAGAUUUUUGGAUGAUUACUAGUUAGUUAGUUAUCAAAAUAUGCGUUAGUUUAUUUAGGUCUAUAUAUAUUGUAUUAUUCCUUUUUUUGAUUGAACCAAAUAAACCACGUUCAUUAUUUAUCU